UAUCGGUGCUCUUGUUUCUCUUGGUUACCACGAUUGUUUAUUUAUUUAUUUACAAAUGGCAGACUUGCGGACCAUGUGGUAUUGAACACUUUACGAAGAGAGUAGUAUGUACACAUACCAUGUCUUAGUUUUGUAUUAUGUAAAAGUUAAAUGAAGCCUGUAAUUUGAAAAAUGGCAGAUAUAAUAGUUACAAAGUACUGUAGUGCGCUUCAAAGUGAGGAUAGGAAGAAGAAGAAGGAAGCUAUUAAAGAAUUGUCUAAAUUUCUACAUGAGCACGAUUCAGAGAUUGAAGUGACUGAAAAGGUUAAAAUAUAUAAAAAUAUUUUGCGCUGUUUUAAUGAUAAAGCUGAGGCUUGUAGAGAGUUAGCUGUCAAGGAAUUGACCAGCAUUAUAUCCUCACUUGAACAAGAGGAUGAUUACUUCACAUAUCUCAUGCCAGCCCUGUUACAGCGGCUUGGCGGACAAGAACUAGUUGAACCUUCAGAAGAAGUGCGUUUGUUACAAGUUUAUUUGCUACACUGUGUAAUUAACAAAUAUCGCCCAACACUGCUGCCAUCUUACUUAAGUGAUAUUAUACAGAUAUUAGUAAGAACGUUAGUGGAUCCAUAUCCAAAAAUUAAGUCAGAGAGCUGUGAAUGUGCAGCACAUCUUUCUGAGACAGUUCCAAAGCAUUUCUAUGUUCAUUCGCAGUCACUGAUAUUACCUAUGCUACAGAGUGUCACUCACCAGCAUUACAAAGUGAGGAUUGUUGCUAUCACUGCAAUUGGAAAGGUUAUUCAGUAUGGCAAUAGUAAGUCUGUGGAUACUGUUAUUGGGCACCUUGCAGAGCGUUUGUUUGAUCAAAUCCCAAUGGUACGUCAGGCUGUAGUACGUGUGACUGGAAUGUGGCUGGCAGAGUUGCCAGAUCGCUAUUCUUACUUUCAUAGACUUCUGCCUUUGAUUCUUACAAGUUUGACUGAUGAAGUUCCAGAGGUGCGGACAGAAGCUGUAAUGCUUUGGGAGGAAGCAGGGAAACUGUAUAUGCAGGAGAAUGAACAUGACUUGAAAGAUGAGAUGGAUUUCCUGACGGAUGAACCAGUUCAUUACCCUCCUCAUGAAACAAGACAAAAUCUUGGUUGCCGUACAUUGGUGAGUCGACAUUUGUGCAAGAUUGUGCCAGCCUUGGUCCGUGAGCUAGAGGACUGGCUUGUAGACAUUCGACUUAAAGCCUCACAGUUGUUGUACUCAUUGGUUCUGAAUGCUGAAACUCACAUAACUCAUCAUCUGGAGAAGAUUCUGGAUGGAAUGUAUCGAGCAAGCGGCGAUGAAGAUAAGAGAGUUGUUAUUAAUGUUGAGAAUGCUGCAGAGUUGAUUGGGUAUUUUGUUCCUGCUGACACAUACUGCAAGCUUGUGUUGCCUACAAUGGAGGACUCUGCUAAUGCAAGACAGCUCCAUGUGUUUGCAGCCAUUCUGAAAGGAAGUGACAGGGCCACAUUGAAGGAGAAGUUGAUAGAUAUAGGCAACUUCCUGAAACGUGCUGAGAUCUGCUGGAGCAAAGAGGCAGUGUACCAGAUAAACCUGCUCAACUGUUGCUGUAAUCUGAUGCUGGUCUGUGAAGAUGACUGUGUAGUGAUCGGUUACCAGCUGUUUGUGAUUAUGGUCUCAGUACUGGGACUGUCUACUCAGGAGUUUGUCAGUAACAAAGCACUAGAGUGUUUACAGAUGUUGCAGUCAAUUGAGACUUGUUUGUCUCUUGAAGUGCUGUUCAAGAAAUAUAUUGAGCCCAUGCUGCAUGAGUUGCAGGCCUCUGUUGACUCUUGGUCACUCUGCAGUCCUGAGAGGUUUAUAUUUGAGGCCAUACUGACAUAUUCAGGUUCCGCAAUUGGUCCGCACCUACAGACAAUCAGUGAAAUUCUGGUGAUAUGCUUGAAGCCUGAAAAGGAUCCGGAAGUGAAGCUCAAGAUGUUCACCAUCCUGUCAAAUAAUAUUGUUAACAAUGAUGAGAUCCUGAAGGACGCCAUUGACUCUGGACCUUUCCUCAUCAAAUUAGUGAAUGAUGUAAUCAUGCCAAACUUGGUGUGGCGAGCUGGUCGGACAGCAGAAGCCAUAAGAACUUCUGGUAUCUCAUGUCUCUAUGCAGCCUUCCAGUCUUCUCCAGAUUCCACAUCACCAUUCUGUGUCCCUGGAAUUCUAGCAGCUGUGAUGAAGCAACUAGUACCUCUGCUGCUGACACUUGUAGAGGAUUCCUCCAAGAAAACACGCCUCAUUACCUGCCGAACUCUGUGUAGGCUGAUCAGAUUGUUGCGAAUCACUGGUCUUCAUACUGCAGAGUUUGUGCACCAAGUUUAUCCUGUGGUCCUCAAACGUUUGGAUGAUGUAAGUGAUGAUGUUCGUCAGGCUUCCGUCACAACUCUUGUGAAGUUGUUCAAGCCAUUACCAGCUGACUACUGCGUGGAAGUGUCAUUCACACAUAUGGAUGCACUGUUGAGUGGCAUGCUGAUACACUUGGAUGACCCUGAGCCUGGCUUCCAGCACAUUAUGCUUAAUGCCUUGAAGCAAAUAGGUGAAGUGAAUCCCAAAAUUCUGCAGGAGAAAAUUAACACCUGUACACAUAAAUUCCGUAAUGUGGAAGGUCGCAUGGAAUUAGUAAGGUACACUGAGAGGCUCCUGGGUGACACAUCCAGCCCAGUGAAUGCAUCAAGUGAUACAGUGACAGUUAAGUAAAGGAAAGUGUAAUUGUUGAAACCACUCAUGUCAGGUUUCUUUGUUACCGAAACAUUGUAUCUUGUUGCUGUGCUUCUGUGACUCUUCUGCAACAACUUUUAAGGAAUGGAUUUUGAAAAUGUUGCUGUAAGGUAAACUUAGUAGACUUGUUUUUCAUUAUUUAUUAUUGCAGUUCAUAUAGUGGUUAUGAAUAUUAUGAAGUAUAAGGUUCUCUUCUUAUGAAUAUUAUGCAAAGUGACAAAAGAUUUUUACAGGGAGGAGAAAAUAAUUUUAAAAUUAGGAAACAUAUACCUUAUGUAGAAAUAUGACUAACUUCAUUGAAGGAAUUCAGUGUCUCAGUUUAUAAUACUUUGAUAAUAGAAAGGAGAGGAUACAAUGUAUUAGGUAAAUAUAUGGAGCUGUUUCAGUUGUUUUUAACCUACUUUCCAUAUUUUGAAAAAAUACAAGAGAUCAUUGUGCUCUAUGUGUGUCUGUGUAUCCCCUGCUAUUAACUUUUGAAAGUCUAAAUCAAUCCAUAUGAAACGUGGUAUGUAUAUCAUGGCACCUGAGCCCAUCUUAGUGGCACACUUCAUAAAUUCCUCCCAUCAGUCUGUGUGUGUGUGUCCCUAUCAUUGCUAGGCAAGGGCUUGGUAAAAAUUAGCAUCCAUUGCUUAUCUUCCGUCAAAGUUGCAAUGCUUAACGGAAGAUAAACAAUGGACUCUAAUUUGAACAAUUGCAACAGGAUGCUAAAAUACAGAAACUUGGUAAAAA